AGUUGCUGACUGCUAUCGCUGACUUCUGGGCUGGGAUCUGUCCUUGGACUUGUUUACUUACUGGUGACACAGGUGUGUUCUCCAGGGCCACCACUGGCUCCCAGGGCUAGUCUCAGCAGAAGUACCACGGACUGAAAACAAAACUGAACAAGGAGGUUACAUUGUAAGGAAGUCUGUUAAGUAUUUGUACAAUCUGCUACAAAAAUGAUUUCCCAAAAUGAUGUCAUGCGAAAAAAUCUGAAGAUGGUCCAUGGCUACCCCAUGGUCUAUGCUUUUGCCCACAACUGGGAAAGGAUCGAAAGGUUCCGCAGCAGGCCAGAUGACAUCGUGAUAGCAACUUACCCUAAGUCAGGUACCACUUGGAUUAGUGAAAUCUUGGACAUGGUUCUAAAUGGUGGAGAUGUUGAAAAAUGUAAACGAGCUGUUAUUACUGCUAAAGUUGCCAUGCUGGAAAUGGCUGUUCCUGGGAUAAGAAUGUCAGGGUUAGAACAAUUAGAGAAGAAUCCAUCACCUCGGAUUGUGAAGACACAUCUACCAAUUGACCUUCUUCCUAAGACUUUCUGGGAGAACAACUGCAAGAUGAUCUAUCUUGCUCGAAAUGCCAAGGAUGUUGCAGUAUCAUAUUACCAUUUUGCCUUAAUGAAUAAUUUACAACCAUUUCCAGGAACAUGGGAAGAAUAUCUGGAGAAAUUCAUGGCUGGAAAUGUGUCCUAUGGUUCAUGGUUUAAUCAUGUUAAGAGCUGGUGGAACAAAAAGGAAGAACAUCCAAUACUUUUCUUGUACUAUGAAGAUAUGAAAGAGAAUCCAAAGGAGGAAAUCAAGAAAGUUGCUAGAUUUCUAGAGAAGGACCUGAAUGAUGAGAUCUUGGAUCGGAUCAUCCAUCACACCUCAUUUGAAGCGAUGAAGGACAACCCUCUGCUGAAUUACACACACCUGCCCAAUGCAGUGCUGGAUCACAGCAAAUCCCCUUUCAUGCGCAAAGGAAUUAUUGGUGACUGGAAAAACUACUUCACAGUGGCCCAAAAUGAGAAAUUUGAUGCCCUUUAUAAAAAAGAAAUGUCUGGAACUACACUUCGAUUUUGCACAGAGAUUUAAAGUGCUUAACUGUAACUUGAAGAAAGAAGAACUGACCUACAGUUUUUUGAAACAUGGCAGUUACGACUUGGCUGAACAAUCAAAUGAUUAUAGGAAGGAAAAAUAAUGAUUUUAAAACUUCGAAUUUUUUAGCAUCAUUAAUCAGGUCCCAGUUUUGUUCCUCUGCCUCUGAGAUUCCUAAUUCCCUAAAGCCAAGGCCCAUCAUUCCCUUUUUAUAGGUUACACCUGCCUUUUCCUAGAUGAGACCCUAGGAGACAGUAUUUACCCUUCUCAGUCUCCCAUACCUUAUGAUUUAGUUAAGUUCUCCUCCCUAUUAUCGUGGUCUAAGAAAUGCUGUUUGAAAACUAACACUCUUAUUUCCUAACUCUUCUGGUUUCCUUUUGCUGAAUUAUUGUCCCAGGACACUAUGUUCCACUGCUAUUUACUGGGUGUCAAACAAUUACUGAAGUCAUAACUCAUCUCCCUCUAUUUGGAUAACACAAUUCAUGUUCCAGAUCUUGUGGAAAUGUUUUUUUUCCUAUAUCUUAUUACAUGUCCUGGUCUCCAAAAGGCAAAGACCUGCAUUAUUCUCUCUAGAUGUCUUCCCUGGGGACUGGAGCUUGUCUCAGACUACUGCUAGGGCCAGGACCUGCUUCCUGUGGAGAAUCCUCUUCUCUCAACAGCCCCUUUUAAAUUUCUACAAAACACACAUUGCCAUGCUCUGAUCACUGUCAUCUUGUCUGAAUAGAUCUGGAUUCCCUAACAGCACCCAAGAUAAGAUCAUAGCUGCUGUGGAAAAUUUCCCGAUUGGGUGUCCAAGGAAGACUAACCUGAGUCUCACUCUGCCCUCCUGACUCAGUUAUCCCUUCCACUUACUAUUCCACGCUAUAUGUCUAUCUCCUUGGACUCUUUGAUAGAUGUUUCCUUGGAACAUUUAUAUCUCAAUUCUGUUUCUUCCAUGAAUGUAGUUAUCAUCUGUCCCUGUGCAGCAAGAACUUUUACCUGAAGUUCAUAUCAAAUUAAAUCCAAAGUCACAGUGCGUAAACUGAAGUUUGUUAGAGUGUCAUGGCCUGGGCCCUUACUUGUUCAGGGAGUGGGAGGUUAAAAUGCACUGUAGACACCCGUGAGGCAUUCUGGAGAUAGCAGUGGGUUGCAGUUUUGCAAAUAUAUGCUCUGAGUCUGGAAUAGUUGGGAAUACUCCUGAAGCCUGUAACUACACUCCAUUUCAAUCCCAACAUGAGGGAUCUAGUAUCAAAUGCAAACUCCCUAAAAGUGAUUGCUUUUGAUUCUGGAAAUGUUUCCUUCUAUACAUUUACAGUGUAUAUUAUAAAUUAUUGCAGGGUAAGCAACUUGUGUUCAUGUUCUUUAAAAACUAGGGAUACUGUGAACUAAUUCAAACUAUCUAGACUAUUGCUGUCAAGAAGGAAAUAAAGACAAUCAUGUGCCUAUGCUUUGUUAUCUUAGUACUAACAAUGAGUUAAUGUUGCCUGAAUAUACAUGGGCUAAUGCUACUGUAGUCUGUUACUGGGGGGAAAAAAAAUCUCUGAACUAGACUUUAAUCUUUGUAAUAGAUUAGCUACACUAACUAACUUCACCUGAAGGAUGUAAUAAUUAAUUCCCACUUUCCCUCAUUUUCCUCUGUAAGAAUAAAUUUCUCACUGGACUUGAUUCAACAGCAACAACAAAAUACUGUAAGAUUGAACUAUUCUCCAGGCAUUUUUUUGUGCACUGAAUGAUAAAGUAGAAAAAAUUUAGAUUUUUAAAAAAGUUUGGAUUAUUGCCUCUUAUUCAUUCCUUAGGCUAUGAUUCAAACAUCCUUUCGGAUUCCCUCACUCUUAAGCUCACUCUUAAGAUCACACAGUGAAUCUCCUACUAGAUUUCAGUUUCAGAAGUGCUUUAUAUCCUUUGAAACCAUAUGAAAAACUGCCACCUCAUAAUUUUUCUAAAACCAUGUUUUUAAUCUGUUUCUCAUUUAGUUUCCAAAUAAAACACAGUUACAUCUCCCUCAUUCUAAUUUUUUUUUUUCCUAACUGAUUAUACCAUGGCGUAGGACAGUGAUAACAAAUAUCUGACAAUGACAUGAUUAUUCCCCCAUUCAAGGCAAGUCUCAUUCAUCAAUUCAAGGGUUGUUGUUCAAGAAGUCGACAAAGCCAGGUGAAGUGGUAC